AUGGGGAACGAGGCGAGUGCGGAGGGUGGGGAAGGGGGGCUCGCUGGAUUGCCAGGAGGGGACGCAUCCGAUGGCAAAGGGGGCUCCGUUCAGGUCCCGGCAGGAAUGGAGGCGGAUCUAAGCCAGCUGAGCGAGGAGGAGAGGAAACAGAUCGCCGCUAGGUACGCCCCCCUUUCUCACUCGCCCUUUCUCCCUGUCUGCGUUCCCCUGCUCAGGAAACCCGAGGUGGAUGCGAGCCAUCGGCCGCAGCGGACAGGACAGCCCUCCUCCGCCCAGGGCCCUUCUGGGAUAAGCGAGAGCCAGACGGUUGAUGCCCUCCGGGCGGGUCCGGCAGGCAGGCAGGCCCCGCCGGGGAAGAGCCCGUCGUCCGCCGGCCUCGCGGAGCCGCGCCCGCGGCCCGAGGCCAAAGACCCGCCCCGAGCCGCCAUGUUCUCCUCCAACUUCCUGAGCGGGGCCAACCCGCUGAGCGCCGUCUCCUCCGCCGUCAACAAGUUCAGCCUGUUCGGGGAACAGGGGGAGGAGGAGGAGGAGGAGGAGGAGGAUGAGGAGGAAGAGGAGGAGGAGGUGAAGGGGAAACCGGCCCAGCAGCAGGGACAGAAGGCCGGCCCCGGGAAGGCCCCGCAGAAGCAGCAGGGGGGUCCUCCGAAACAGGGACAAGGGGCCCCACAGCAGAGAGGCCCUCCUCAGCAAGCGUCCGGAAAGCCUGGACCCCAACCGCAGGGCCCCCAGGGGCCUCCAAAACAAGGGGGGGCACAACAGCAGGGCCCCCAGGGGCUUCCAAAACAAGGGGGGGCACAACAGCAGGGCCCCCAGGGGCCUCCGAAACAAGGGGGGGCACAACAGCAGGGCCCCCAGGGGCCUCCAAAACAAGGGGGGCCACAACAGCAGGGCCCCCAGGGGCCUCCAAAACAAGGGGGGGCACAACAGCAGGGCCCCCAUGGGCCUCCAAAACAAGGGGGGCCACAACAGCAGGGCUCCCAGGGACCUCCAAAACAAGGGGGGCCACAACAGCAGGGCCCUCCCCAUGGUGGACCCCAGCAUCCAGGGCCUGGAAAGCCUGGGGCCCAACAGCAGGGCCCUCAGGGGGCUGCAAAGCAAGGAGGCCCCCAACUGCAGGGCCCUCCUCGCAGUGGAUCCCAGCCUCAGGGCCCUGGAAAGCCUGGGCCCCAGCUGCAGGGCCCACCGGGACCACACGGGGCUCAACCUGCAGGGCCCGCCCCUCAGGGACCCGGCAAAGCCGGUCCGCCGGGCCCGAUAUCCCUCUGCCCGCUCUGCAAGAGCACCGAACUGAACCGGCACGGCGCAGGGCGGCCCAACUACAGCACCUGCACCCAGUGCCGGGCCGUGGUGUGCAGCCUCUGCGGCUUCAGCCCGCCAGACUCCGUGGGGAAGGAGUGGCUGUGUCUGAACUGCCAGAUGCAGCGGGCGCUGGGGGGCGUGGACCCCCCCGGGCCCCCCGUGGCGAAGCCCCAGGCGUCGCCUCUGAAGCAGACCCCGAGGGCCGAGCCCAGCAAGCCGCCGGAGACCAAGAGGCCCUCCCCGCUCACCAGGCCGCAGACUGGCCCGGACGCUGGGAAGCCGGCCACCCCUCCAGCCACCCCGCCGCCUGCUCAGAAAGGCCCCGGUCCGUCCACCCCACCGCCUGCUCAGAAAGGCCCCGGUCCAAAAGGCCCCGGUCCGUCCACACCGCCGCCUGCUCAGAAAGGCCCCGGUCCAAAAGGCCCCGGUCCGUCCACCCCGCCGCCUGCUCAGAAAGGCCCCGGUCCAGCCACCCCACCGCCUGCUCAGAAAGGCCCCGGUCCGUCCACUCCGCUGCCUGCUCAGAAAGGCCCCGGUCCGUCUACCCCACCGCCUGCUCAGAAAGGCCCUGGUCCGUCUACCCCACCGCCUGCUCAGAAAGGCCCCGGUCCGUCCACCCCACCGCCUGCUCAGAAAGGCCCCGGUCCAGCCACCCCACCACCUUCUCAGAAAGGGCCCAGUCCAGCCACCCCACCACCUUCUCAGAAAGGCCCCGGUUCGUCCACCCCACUGCCUGCUCAGAAAGGCCCCGGUUUGGCUACAGGGCAGCCCAAGCCAGCAGGACCACCUGUUUCGACACAGGACUCCGCCCAGCCAGGGCAACAAGGUCCCCAUCAAAAGCCGCCCCAGCAAACGCCCCCCCAGCAGACGCCGAAAAGCAGCCCGGGUCCCUCCCCCGCCAAGUCCGCGGCUCCCCCGCAGGCUCCGCCCCCCAAGCAGCAGGAGUCCGGCUUCUUCGGCCUGAGCUUCGGCUCCAGGCCCCAGGCCGCGCCCCCGCAGCCCGCCCCCGGCCCGUCCGUCUCGGGCAAGAUGUUCGGCUUCGGGUCGUCCAUCUUCAGCUCCGCCUCCAGCCUCAUCGCCUCGGCGGUGCACGACGAGCCCCCCGCCGCCGCCGCCGCCGCCGCCCCGGCCUCUCCCCGAAAACCGGCCGAAGUGGGCCAGGCCCAGCAGGCCAAGGCCCCGCCCCAGGCUGCCCCCAAACAGGCCGCCGAGCCCCCCUCCUCUGCCCCGCCUCCCAAAGCGACCGAAACCGCCCCACCUCCUUCUAAAGCGACCCAACCCGGCCCCCCUCCCCCCAAACGACCCAACCCGCCCCCCUCCCCCCAAAGCGACCCAACCCUUCCCCCUCCCCUCAAAGCCAGCGACCCCGCCCCCCCUCUGGAGACCUGCCCUCUCUGCAAGGUGGAGCUGAACCUGGGCACCGGCGCCCCGCCCAACUACGACGUCUGCACCGAGUGUCGGCAGACCGUCUGCAACCUGUGCGGGUUCAACCCCAUGCCCCACCUCACGGAGAAAGAGUGGCUCUGUCUGAACUGUCAGACGCAGCGGGCCCUGGCAGGACAGCUGGGGGACAUGGGCAGUAUGCCCCCUCCGAUGCCCGUGCCGACGAAACCGCCGCCGGCAGCCGGCACGCCCAAGAGCCAGCCUUCCCCCGCCAAGCAGCCGACCGCACCGGUCGUCGCGGCGUCCGCCCCGCCCAAACCUGCGCCCGGCCAACCAAAGACAGACCCGGCCAAGGCUGCCGCCCCGGCCCAGACCGUUCAGGCCCCUCCUCCUGAGAAGGGAGCAGCAAGGGCGGCCGCGGGCGACCACGCGCCACCACAGAAGCCCGGCGUGGCAGAAAGGCAGAAAGAGAACAGUGAAGUUGGAGUGGUAGAGACAGAAGAGAAGAAAAUGAUGGCGGAAGCAACCAAUCAGCAGGUAGCUCCAGAACCGGAUACCAAAUCAGACACAGAGACUGACAAGAUAGAGGCUGUGUAUGCUUCACCAGAGGUUAUGCAUGUAGCCUCAUCACCUGCAGAUAGGACACAAGAAGUUAGCACCCCAAAAUUCAAAGAAGAGUAUCCAUUGCCAGACACUUCUGAACAUAUAGAGGACAUGUCUGUCCUACCAGAACAAACAGAACAUGCCAUAUUAUCAUCCCCAGGUUGUACACAAGAAGUUACCUCUCCUAAGGUUUUAGGACAGAACUUAUUCCCAUACACAGAGUCUAAAAACAGAAAGGAUGAUCUUGUCCCACCAGAACAGGAAGUAGAGCAUGCCAUCACAUCCUCCCCAGAUAAUAUGCAAGGAGAUAUCAUUUCUAAUGUUGUAGAGGAGAGCUCAUUGCUUUAUACAGUGUCUGAAAAGAUUGAGGAUGUUUCUGUCCCACUAGAACAGGAAGUAGAGCAUGCCAUCACAUCCUCCCCAGAUAAUAUGCAAGACGUUAUCAUUGCUAAUGUUGUAGAGGAGAACUCAUUGCUUGAUGCAGUGUCUGAAAAGAUAGAGGAUGUUUCUGUCCCAUCGGAACAGGAAGUAGAGUAUGCCAUCUCAUCCUCCCCAGAUAAUAUCCAAGGAGAUAUCAUUUCUAAUGUUGAGAACUCAUUGCUUGAUGCAGUGUCUGAAAAGAUAGAGGAUGUUUCUGUCCCAUCGGAACAGGAAGUAGAGUAUGCCAUCUCAUCCUCCCCAGAUAAUAUCCAAGGAGAUAUCAUUUCUAAUGUUGUAGAGGAGAACUCAUUGCUUGAUGCAGUGUCUGAAAAGAUAGAGGAUGCUUCUGUCCCACCAGAACAGGAAGUAGAGCAUGUCAUCACAUCCUCCCCAGAUAAUAUGCAAGAUGUUAUCAUUGCUAAUGUUGUAGAGGAGAACUCAUUGCUUGAUACAGUGUCUGAAAAGAUAGAGGAUGCUUCUGUCCCACUAGAACAGGAAGUAGAGCAUGCCAUCACAUCCUCCCCAGAUAAUAUGCAAGACGUUAUCAUUGCUAAUGUUGUAGAGGAGAACUCAUUGCUUGAUGCAGUGUCUGAAAAGAUAGAGGAUGCUUCUGUCCCACCAGAACAGGAAGUAGAGCAUGUCAUCACAUCCUCCCCAGAUAAUAUGCAAGAUGUUAUCAUUGCUAAUGUUGUAGAGGAGAACUCAUUGCUUGAUGCAGUGUCUGAAAAGAUAGAGGAUGCUUCUGUCCCACCAGAACAGGAAGUAGAGCAUGUCAUCACAUCCUCCCCAGAUAAUAUCCAAGGAGAUAUCAGUUCUAAUGUUGUAGAGGAGAACUCAUUGCUUGAUACAGUGUCUGAAAAGAUAGAGGAUGCUUCUGUCCCACUAGAACAGGAAGUAGAGCAUGCCAUCACAUCCUCCCCAGAUAAUAUGCAAGACGUUAUCAUUGCUAAUGUUGUAGAGGAGAACUCAUUGCUUGAUGCAGUGUCUGAAAAGAUGGAGGAUGUUUCUGUCCCACAAGAACAGGAAGUAGAACAUGCUGUCCCCUUGCUCCCAGAUAAUAUGCAAGAAGACAUUACCCAUCUUAAAUGUGAAGAGAACUCAUUGCCAGAAGGAGAGUUGGAAAACAUAGAGGAUGUUGUUGUUGUACCAGAACCAGAAGUAGAAAAUGGUACACCCUCCCCAACCGAUAGUUUGCAAGACUUAAUAGCUACAGUUGUAGAAGAGGACACACUCUUAGAAAACAUUUCUUCUCUCCUGGAAAAAGAAUUAGAGAAUGCAACCAUAUCGCCCACAGAUAGCACUCUAGAAGAAGUUAGCAAUCCUAAAGUUUUAGCAGACAAUUCUUUGCCUGACCGGGUGUGUGAACAUGUAGAGGAUGUUUCUGUCCCAGCUGAGCAAGAAAUGGUGCAUGCCAUUCCAUCUUCUUCAGUUAGUACAGAAGGAGAAGUUAGCAGUCCUAAAGGUUUAGAAGAGAAACCAUUGCCCGAACCACAAGAGAAGGAGCUUGAACUUGGUGAAGUACAGCCAUUGAAAAUGUCAACUGAAGUUGAUGCAGUAGAACGAGAGAAAGGAGGUAAAUCUGACACCUCGGGUUCUUCACAACAGAAGAGUCCUCAAGGCUUAAGCGACACAGGGUACUCAUCUGAAGGUAUCUCAGGGUCACUGGGCGAAAUUCCCUCAGUUGUUCCAAUAAUGGAGAAAGAGCCAUUGAUUGAAUCUGUCCAAAAGGAUACUGUCAAACAAGACACAAGUCCGACAAGUCCCUCGGACCUAGCCAAGCUGGAGAGUACAAUGCUUCCAAUAUUAGAAGCUCAGACAUUCAGGACUAGGAAGGAAGAUCCCUGCAGCACUUACGAAGCAGAGACCGAGCGACACAGGAAAAAAACAUUACCAGUUUCCUCUGAAUCGUAUAGUUCAGGAGAAGAAGCGCUUCAAACUGCCCGAGAGACGGAUACAUCUUUUGCGAAGGAGCCCGCUGGCGACUCUGUUGCCAGGAAGGAACGCAAGAAACUGCACGUGCUCACGGAAGCGGCGCCGGGGAGGAGGCAGCACUUCGACUCGGUUGACGACAGCAGCGAGAGCGAGCCGUCGCCCCAGCUGCAGAGGAGAAGGAGACUCAGCACCACGUCGUCCAGCAGUGAGGACUACAAAAAAGAUAGUCCAUGUUCCGGAGAUGAGGAGGAGUUCAUCCGGAAACAGAUCAUGGGGAUGACUGCAGACGAGGAGCCGUCGCCCUCAGAUGAGGAUAGUUACGUGCACGAGCAGAUCAGGGAACAGGAGCAGCAACGUGAAGAAGAGGAGAGAAAAAGCGAAGAGAAAAGUGCAUCCGAGAAAUUACAACCUCUCGUCAGAAAGGGCAGCGUUGGUCAGGAGGAUGAGUCUACAAGACAUCACUUACUGCCAGAGACCGAGGUGCCAGAGACCAAAACAGCGAGUCUAGAGGACCGGGAAAGCUUAAGUGAAGCCGAAGGCAUGCGACACUUCAAGCCAAUUGAGCUCAACAGUAAAGCCGCAGCUCUCGAGCGGCAGGCUACAGACGACGGGGACCAAGAAGUGGAGAGCCUCACUGAAUCACCUGACGACAGGUCGAGGGGCGAGGGGUCGUCCAGUGUGCAUGCAUCUAGCUUCACGCCAGGGACGUCCCCCACCUCAGUGUCCUCGCUAGACGAGGACAGCGACAGCAGCCCAAGCCGCAAGAGGAUGACCAGCGAGGGGAAGCACAGGAAAUCCCGGCACAGACAGCACGGCCAGAUGCUCCCAACCAUCGAGGACUCGUCUGAAGAGGAGGAGAUGCGAGAGGAAGAGGACCUUCUCAGGGAACAGGAAAUGCAGCGGGAGAUUGAUCACCAGCAGGGGAAGAAGGGGAAAAAAUCAAAGAGAGACAAAGAGGAGCUGCGGGCCCAGAGGAGACGAGAAUAUCCGAAAACACCACCAAGCAAUCUCUCUCCUAUUGAGGAUGCCUCGCCGACAGAAGAGCUGCGCCAGGCUGCGGAGAUGGAAGAGCUCCACAAAUCCUCUUGCUCGGACUACUCUCCAAGCAUUGAGUCUGAACCAGAGGGGUUUGAGACAAGCCUCAGCCCUCUUGCGCAGAAAGACGACCAGCUGUCGACAUCAACUUCAGCCUAUUCUCCAACUGACGAGCCACCCGUGACCAAAGAUACAACACAGAAAGUUUUAAAGAGCGCAGAUGAAGCUUACGAGGAGCUAAUGCAGAAAGCUAAAACUCUUGAAGGUGAGGAGAUGGAACCACCACCGGAGAUAGAACCACUUUACAGUGGCAUGGUAAUCGAAGACUACAUGUAUGAGUCAUUAAUUGAAGAGCAGGGCACUUUGGCAGAAUGUGUGGCUGAGCAGCAAGACUCCAGCAAGAUCUCGAUUCAGCAGCCCUUGAAGAAACUCAGAUCACCAGAUGAAGUGUAUGAAGAUAUGAUGCAGAAAAGGAAAGAAAUUAUGCAAAAAGGACAGGAACUUCAACAAACACGGUCAAUAAAUGAAACUCCUGUGCUUGAGACAGUUUGCCCACCUGCUGUUUACGAAACUUGUUAUGUUCCCAUGCCUGCAAGUGACACAGCUUCCCCAGGAAAGGAUGGAAAACCACUUUUAGAUGCUGAGGCAGCAUAUGAGGAAUUAAUGAAACAGCAAAGAAUGAAUCGUACACACGGAAGCAGCCCAACCCAGCCGGUCUCUAAUCAACAUGAUUCACCAGAGGUGAUUGUGAUUCCCUCAGGGGCUGCUGUUGAAGAGGUUCAAGAAGAAUCCAUAGUGUCAAUUCCAGUUAUUGUUCAAGAGCCUAGUGUUGAGACAUCGAUUGUUUCUUCUGAUGCUGUAAUCCACAGAUCCCUCUAUCCCAUUCCUGACCUGAAAAUUACGCAGUGUUCCUCCGGGGAAGAGGACAUUGAAGAAGAGAACAGUUUUGAUCAAGAAGAGGAGCCAGUUUCUUCAUCCGACAUUCCACAAGCCAGUCAAACUGUAAUCAAAGAACAGCCAUCACCUGAAAGCUCUGUACCUACAGCAGAACCAGGAGAUGGUGCUGCUGACCAAGAACUAAUAUCAGUUGUUAGUGAAGUUCCACAGCCACAGGAGACUCCAGCUCCUGCUCCUACUCCAACUCCAGCCAAGGCUUCUGUUGCUUCUCCAGCUCCAACUCCUUCUCCACCUCCAGCUGCAGCUCCAACUCCUGCUCCAGCUCCACCUCCAGCUGCAGCUCCAACUCCUGCUCCAGCUCCACCUCCAGCUGCAGUUCCAACUCGUGCUCCAGCUCCACCUCCAGCUGCAGCUCCAAGCCCUGCUCCACUUCCAGCUGCAGCUCCAACUCCUGCUCCAGCUCAACCUCCAGCUGUAGCUAUAACUCCUUCUCCACCUCCAGCUGCAGCUCCAACUCGUGCUCCAGCUCCACCUCCAGCUGCAGCUCCAAGCCCUGCUCCACCUCCAGCUGCAGCUCCAACUCCUGCUCCAGCUCAACCUCCAGCUGUAGCUCCAAGUCCUGCUCCACCUCCAGCUGCAGCUCCACGUCCUGCUCCACCUCCAGCUGCAGCUCCAAGCCCUGCUCCAGCUCCACCUCCAGCUCCAACUCCUGCUCCAGCUCUACCUUCAGCUCCAACUCCUGCUCCAGCUCAACCUCCAGCUGUAGCUAAAACUCCUGCUCCACCUCCAGCUGCAGCGCCAAGACCUGCUCCACCUUCAGCUGCAGCUCCAAGUCCUGCUCCAGCUCCAGCUGCAGCUUCAACUCCUGCUCCAGCUCAACCUCCAGCUGUAGCUAUAACUCCUGCUGCAGCUCCAACUCCUGCUCCACCUCCAGCUGCAGCUCCACCUCCAAGUCCUGCUCCACCUCCAGCUGCAGCUCCAAGCCCUGCUCCACCUCCAGCUACUGCUCCAUCACCAACUCCACCUCCAGCUGCAGCUCCACCUCCUGCUACUGCUACAACUCCAGCUACUGCUCCACCUCCAGCUGUAACUCCAGCCAUAGCAUCUGCUCCAACACCAGCACUAACUCAAAGCCCAGCUCUUAUUUCAAAGCCUGUGUCAGUUGUUAAUGAAGUUCCACAGCCUAAAGCAACUCUGGAGUCGGUUGUAAAUGCUUCAACUCUGGUUUCUGAACAAACAUCUUUUGUUUGUGAUAUUCCAGAGCCACGACACAGUCCAGUUGAGAUCGUAACCACAUCUCCCAUCUCAGUAACUUCAACUCCAGUUUCAACUCCAGAUAAAAUUUCUGCUGUGUCUGACAUUCAGCAGUCAAGGCCUGUUCCAGAUCAAGGUCCUGUGCAAGUUUCAGCUCAAGCCUCUUGUUCGGUUCCAAGGUCAGAGCCAGUUGCAGUACCAGUCCCUGUUUUAGUUCCAACUCUUCCUGAAGCUGCAGUCACCUCAGAUACAGAUUCAGAGUCAAUUUCUGUUGUUUGUGAAGUUCCACUGAGAGAGGUUACUGUAGAUAUAAUAACAGCACCAGUUGCACCUCCAGUUCCAGUUCCAGAACCAGUCUCAGCUCCAAUCACUGUCAGGGUUCCGAGUACAGAACCAGUUUCAACUCCAGUCCAUGUUUCAGUUCUGAUUCCAGAGCCAGUUCCUGUCAUGGUUCAGGUUCCAGGACCUGUUUCAGUUCCAGUUCAUGUUUCAGCUCCAGUUCCAGGACCAGUUUCAGCUGCACUUCCUCUCAUUGUCCCAACUGCACAAACAGUACCAGCUCAAAUCCCUGCCCCAGUUUCAGUAUCAGAACCAGUUUCACCUCCAGUCCAUGUUGCAGUUCCAAUUCCAGAACCAGAUGCAGUUCCCGAACCAGUUUCAGCUGCAGUCCCUGUCAUUAUCCCAACUGCACAAACAGUACCAGCUCAAAUCCCUGCUCCAGUUUCAGUAUCAGAACCAGUUUCAGCUUCAGUCCAUGUUGCAGUUCCAAUUCCAGAACCAGAUGCAGUUCCCGAACCAGUUUCAGCUGCAGUCCCUGUCAUUAUCCCAACUGGACAAACAGUAUCACCUCAAAUCCCUGCUCCAGUUUCAGUAUCAGAACCAGUUUCAGCUCCAGUCCAUGUUGCAGUUCCAAUUCCAGAACCAGAUGCAGUUCCCGAACCAGUUUCAGCUGCCCUUCCUGUCAUUAUCCCAACUGCACAAACAGUAUCAGCUCAAAUCCCUGCUCCAGUUGUCAUUCCAGAACCAGCUUCAUUUCCAGUCUCUGCUAUGGGUCAAACUGCCGAAUCAGUUUCAGCUCCAGCUAUUGUUUCAGCCACACCUCCCGCCUCUGUUUCAGAACCUUCUCCAGUUCCCCCAGCUGAAAUCAUAGCACCCUGUCCCCCACCACAGCCACCUUUGACUACAUCAAUCACUUUGCCACAAACAGUUACAAAAAUCCCAGUGGCAGUGGCUAUCCCAUAUGUUGCCCCAGCAAGUUCCAUGACAUCAACACCCUCCCUGCCUAUAGAAACUGUGGUUGUGGACAUCCAACCUAAGAUGGAGGAUUCCCUCCUGUCUCAGUUUUCAGUUUCUGAGACAUCUGUUACUCUGCCUUUACCAGUGACUGUUUCAAGUAUAAUCUCUGCUGCACCAGUAGCUCUCUCUGUUUCCCCACCUGAAAUGCAGACUGCUCAAGGACAUGUGGUUAUUUCAGUGCCUAGCGUAGAUAGUAUUUCUGUGAUUGCCCACGCAACACAAGAUAUAGUGGCCAGUGCUGUAUCAGUGGCAGCUGCUUGUCCUGUGAUUGAAGCUACAAGUCAGAUCAGUUCGACACUUCCUCCUCUUAGUUCAUUUUCAGACUCUACACCUACUGCUGUUGUGAGUGUUCCACCAAUACCUACUUUACCUCAAUAUGCUCCUGUUGUGUCUAGUGUAGUAUCCGCCACUGUUUCAGCCAGUGUCUCUACAACUCAGCCACUAACAUCUGCCCCACAAGUACCCCCCAAACCUCUAGCCCUGCUCAGAACCUCAUCUCAGGAAAAGGUGGACGUAUCUAUCAUAGCUUGUCCCCCUCCACCUCCACCGCCUCCACCCUUACCCCCUCCUACCCUACCUAAACCAGCCCUCUACCCACAGAAGCCUCCAUUCGGCACCCCUCAGGUAUUUUCAUCUGCUGCGGCAGUGCCUGUUUCAACAACGAUGACAGCGGCUCAAGUAACAGUAACGACCACAGGCCCAACAGCAGUAAAGAUUUCGACAGGCCCUACUUACAAGCCGACCGUACCCCCUCCCGUACCGCCAAAACCUGCAACCAUUCCCGCUGGUUUGAUUUUCAGUCACAAACCAGGGGAAACUGUGAGACCUCCGGUUGCUCCAAAGCCAGUCGCAGCCCAGCAGAUGAUCACAGUGUCGCAGGCAGGACCUGUAGCCCCAGUACGUACCAGUGACAUGACCCUGAAUCUGAGCGCACUUCCAGAAUGCAGGCUGAGUGCCACAUCACCCAGAUCUCCUUUGUCCCCCAGAUACGCCAGCUCUCUCCAUGAAACGUAUGUGGUCAUCACGUUACCAUCGGAGCCUGGUACUCCUAUCGAAGGCAUUGUGACCCAAGCUCCCACAAGUCCAGCUGCAGUGUCCCCAUCGAAACAGCAGCCACAGUCGGCCCCUGCAGCCCCAGUAGCUUUCACUCAGUAUACAAAAUCAGUGGAGAGCCAAGAAAUACAGGGAUCGGAGAAAGUUCUUUCGAGCAUGAGUCAUGUCUAUUCCUCCAUUUCGACUGCAGCGCAGCCCGCUGAAACUCUGCCCAGCCUUGUCGCCCAGGUCGUAACCACGGAGGUCCAAAGAACCACGGUGUCUGUUGUCCGUGAAAGACUGCCUGGGACGCCCCCGUCUCCGGCAACAAGAGCAGACAGCGUUGCCAUCGCUAUUCCCCCAGAAACUGCAAAAAUCCCGCCAAAACCGAAAGAGAAUGGGAGGAUGUACUACUCUUCAGAUGUUGUCGAUCUUCGAACCUUGAGGCUCAAUGUCGAAAUGACUGAUAAAGGGUUGGAUCUAUCUGCCCCGAAUUCAAGACGACAGUCUUUCUCCAGCGACAGCAGUGGGCGCCAGACAAGUGCAGUGCAGCCAGCAGUGGUGAAUCUCAGUGCGGAGUCCGUGCCGGCUCCAACUCUGUCUGUAGUGACCGAUAGCAUUACCAUUGUUACUUGUACAGCCACAAUAGCUUACAAUAAUGGCGCCGCUGAUAGGCCGCUGGAUCUUGGACAUGUCGGGUCUACGUCAAUGCCUCUUCAGCUCACAACAUCCAGGCCAUUUGAGCCAGUUUCCCAGAUAAUAUACAGAGCUUUAGAUUCCCAGCCCACACCUGUUUCCAAUGCAGAUGCCCCCAUUAAUCUGUCAUUUGGGGCCAUGACAAAUUUGGAACAUCUGGGGGCACCUGUGACAGUUGCCCCAGCCAGCCUAACCAAUGGCAUCAGUCUUCCUUCACGUGUAGAGGCGGGGCUAGUUGGGGCCAUAGACCUGACCACGUCAAAGCCUCUUGAAACUAUGGUUGCUGGCGAUGGGUCUAAUUCAGCUGUGGUAAGCAGCAUCAUUGAAGACGACGGCAAGCCCGUGGACCUUACAGCCGGGAGACGUGUUAUUUGCUGUGACGUGGUGUACAGUCUUCCUUUUGUAGGGAGCUGUGGAACACAGCAGCCGCCAAUCGCGCUAUCCGAAGACCACCUUGGCUACAAAGAUGAUGGUUAUCAGUACGAUCACACCGGCACCUGUGGUACUAAGGGUUCCGAGGGCGCGGCACCCUCCAUCUCUGAAAAUAAUUUAGGAGAGUCUGGGUUAUUGUUCUGCGAAAACAAAAACGGUUAUGGCUAUCCGAAUGGAGCCACGGAGGGUGCAGUGGACUUGACUGCUGGGAAGAUGUCCGCAGGUGAAAUUAUGGACUACUCAAGCAAGGGUGCAGGAGCCUAUUCUGGAAUGACCAUUCCUCAAUAUUCCCAAGCCAGAAUCACUCCUACUGUGGGAACACACUUUGGUGUAAAUAGUGUCCUCAGGUCCUCAAAUGGGGUGGUGUACUCUUCCAUAGCCGCACCAGUUCCAUCCACAUAUGCAAUCACUACCCAGCCAGGAUCACUAUUUAGUACAACAUACAACGCCUUGCCAGGAAUGCACGCUCAUGACACUGUGCCAGCAGCACCUCUGAAAGACCAGACCCUUUCACAAUCCUACAGUUUCUUACCCACUGCAGCCUCAGUGCAAGAACAAGCUGUCAGCCAAGAGAUGGGCGGGAUGUCUGCGGCGUUCCCCCAGCUGAUUCCCACCGGGACGUCACUCCACGACGCGUACACGGACGCGUCGCUGGAGGCCAUAGCUGCGUCGCUGGAGGCCUUGGCCUCUCCGCUGAUGGCGGACGACGCGCAGCAGCAGUACCAGAUGGAGCGAGACUUCCUGGAGCUGGAGAAGAUGAAGCAGUUCCGACUGGCCGAGGAGCUGGAGUGGGAGCGGCUGGAGAUCCAGAGGUUCCGCGAGCACGAGCAGCUGCUCGUCCAGAAGGAGCUGGAGGAGCUGCAGUCAAUGAAGCAGCAGCUCCUCUUCCAGCAGGAGGAGGAGCACCAGGCCCACCUGCUGAUGCAGCAGGAGACCUACGCCCAGCAGCAGCUCCAGCUGGAGCAGAUCCAGCAGCUCCAGCAACAACUCCAGCAGCAGCUGGAGGAGCAGAAAAUGAGACACUUGUACCCAUACGGCUAUGAACCUUCGGAAGGAGGUUCACUCACUGGCUCCGAGCAGGUGCCCCUGGACCAGCAGUACGUAGCGGGAGAUAACGGGCAGUACUGGCCGGUGCAGGACGACGCCACCACGUCAUCCUCAGCCACCGGCCUCGAACUGCAGCAAAACACCACCUGGUACACGGUUCCCACGGAGGGAGUCGCCCACUACAUCACCAGCUUGCCAAGCUCAAUCGAGACACCGCAGAACGAGAACCAAAGGCAUCUGCAGGUCGCCCAAAGGGCGACCACAGUUCCCAACAAGAAGAUCGUGGACAGCGGGGUUCAGACCGACGAGGAGGAUGGCACGGAGAAGGCCUACUCCGGACGGAAGAGGAGGAACAAGAAGAGCGUGGACUCCAGUGUCCAGACGGACGAUGAGGACCAGGAUGACUGGGAUAUCCCCGCGAGGAGCAGGCGUAGGUCACGCUCCAGCAAGCAGGGAUCCAAGGUCUCCAGCAUCGCCAUCCAGACUGUUGCCGAGAUCUCAGUGCAGACGGAUCCUUCCGGAACUAUCAAAAGGCCAUCGGUCAAGGCUCAGUUUGACACCAAGCUGGAGAUCGGAAGGCACGGCUCCUCGUUAGAAAGGACCUACAGAGGAGGCAGUGCAACCUGCCAGGCAGACGCGAGCUCUGGCACGUCGUCUCCCGAGAAGGACAGGAGGCGGCCCACCCCCUUAGAGAUCGGCUACAGCACCCACCUGAAGGCUGACUCCUCCCUCCAAGUCGCGCCUUCCCCUCCCAAGUCCCCCAAAGUGCUGUACUCGCCCAUCUCGCCCCUGUCCCCGAGCAAAUCGAUAGAAAGAGCACAAUAUGAUAAAUCCGUCGGGGAAGUGAGCCCCCAGAAAAUGUCGACUGCGGAUCCGUCUAAGCCCCCCCAAGGUCCCCGGACGCUGAAGGCCACGCAACGCUCCCAGAGUCCUGCAGAGGAGAGGGCUGGGCCCGGUUUCCAGUACGCCGACGUUUACUCAAGCAAAGGUUCGCAGAGCAGCACUCCGUCGGGCUCUCAGAAGAAAGUGAAACGCACCCUCCCGAACCCCCCGCCGGAGGACGACGCCGCCGGCGGCCAAUCGGGAUACAGCACGGGCUCCGCCCGCCGGCGCCUGUGCAGGAACACCACCAUCGCCCGGGCCAAGAUCCUGCAGGACAUCGACCGGGAGCUGGACCUGGUGGAGCGGGAGUCCUCCAAGCUCCGCAAGAAGCAGGCCGAGCUGGACGAGGAGGAGAAGGAGAUCGACGCCAAGCUGCGCUACCUGGAGAUGGGCAUCAACCGGAGGAAGGAGGCCCUGCUGAAGGAGAGGGAGAAGCGGGAGAGGGCCUACCUGCAGGGCGUGGCCGAGGAGCGGGACUACAUGUCCGACAGCGAGGUCAGCAACAUCCGGGAGCCCCGGGGCGGGAACGGGCACGGGCGCGAGCGGCCCAGGACGGCGCCGCAGUCCGAGCUCAACCAGUUCAUCCCGCCGCACACCCAGAACGAGGCCCGGUACGGCCAGUCGGAGGGGCCCUACGCCCAGUACCCCUAUGCCCCGCAGACCCAGGCCGCUGCAACGCAGUACUCCCAGCAGACCCUGUACCAGCCCUCCCUCUACCACCAGCAGGUGUCCCCGUACCAGUCCCAGUCCGUCUACUCCUCGGUGCCCACUCUCUCUUACCCGCAGAGCUCCCACCAGCCGUCCCAGCAGCAGGGCUACCAGCACUCCUCCCAAAUGCUCCUCCUGCAGCAGAAGGCCCGGCAGGCCACUCUGUCCGACCUGGAGCCCAAGAUCACCACCAACUACGAGGUCAUCCGCAGCCAGCCCCUCAUGAUGGGCUCUUCCUCGGCCGACCCCGGCUACGGCAUGGCGCACCUGGGCGGGGGCAAGUACGGCGGGCUGGACCUGAGGCUGGGCCUGGAGGAGCGGGGCAGCAUGGCCAGCAGCCCCAUGUCCAGCAUCUCGGCCGACUCCUUCUACGCCGACAUCGACCACCACAGGAACUACGUCCUCAUCGACGACAUCGGCGAGCUCACCAAGGGCUCGGCGGGGCUCUCCUCCGGCUUCUCCAUCCCGGACAAGGACCUGGCCAAGGCCGACCGGCUCCUGCGGGCCGCCGAGGUGCGACGCGCGGCCGAGGUGGCGGACUUCCUGGGGCCCUUGCAGACGUCGUCCAGGCUCCACCCCUACGGCAAGGGAGAGGAGGACUCCAUGGAGGAGCCCUACGAGCUGAAGCUGCUCAAGCAGCAGAUCAAGCAGGAGUUCCGGCGGGGCGCCGAGGGGCUGGACCACCUGACCGGCCUGCCGCACUACUACCCCAGCGAGAGCGGCUACAGGCACUUCCCCAAGGCGGAGAAGUACAGCAUCGGCAGGCUGACCCUGGAGAAGCAGGCGGCCAAGCAGCUCCCCGCCUCCGUGCUCUACCAGAAACAGGCCAAGCACAAAAAGGCCCUGAUGGACCCCAAGGUCACCAAGUUCUCCCCCAUCCAAGAGAGCCGAGACCUGGAGCCGGACUACGGCAGCUACCUGGGGUCCAGCGCCUCCUCGGUCAGCGCGCUGUCCUCCAGGGCGAGGCUGCUGCAGGAUGAAAUCACCUUCGGCCUGAGGAAGAACAUCGCCGAGCAGCAGAAGUACCUGGGCUCCACCCUGGGGGCCAACCUGGCCCACUCCCUGAACCUGGGCCAGACGCUCAACCUGGGCCCGACCGUGCGCUCCUCCCUGGUGGACGACGGCACGUACCCCAGCGGCAGCAGGUCCAGGCCCUCCUCCAGGCCCUCCUCCGUCUACGGCCUCGACCUCUCCAUCAAGAGGGAUGCGUCCAGCUCCUCCCUGAGGCUGAAGCCGGACGGGGAGCCCCUGGACGCCUCCUUCGGCGCGGCCCCCGCGACGGCGAGAGUCAAGCCGACCAGCCUCCCCAUCAGCCAGAGCCGGGGGCGCAUCCCGAUCGUGGCGCAGAACUCCGAGGAGGAGAGCCCCCUGAGUCCCGUGGGCCAGCCCAUGGGCAUGGCGCGGGCGUCCGCCGGGCCCCUCCCGCCCAUAUCUGCGGACUCCAGGGACCAGUUUGGCUCCAGCCACUCCCUCCCUGAGGUCCAGCAGCAUAUGCGAGAGGAGUCCCGGACCCGCGGGACCUACGACCGGGACGUCGCCUUCAUGAUGGACGACCUGCAGGGGGCGAUGUCGGACAGCGAAGCAGGAGCCGCUUGCUGGGAUGCCGAAGCGUAUCACCUGCGCCACGAGGAGACCGAUUGGUUCGACAAGCCUCGAGAAGCGCGUCUGGAGAGCGCGCACGCGCUGGAGCGCAGACAGAUGAAACCAACUCACUACCCUUUCCCCCAUGCUAGAGUCAAGCUGCAGACAGAUCCGAAAGACCGCAGCGUGUCAGGGAACGGGUUGGGUAUAAGGGUCGUGGGGGGGAAGGAGAUCCCCGGGAGCAGCGGGGACAUCGGAGCGUACAUAGCCAAAGUGAUGCCAGGGGGCGCCGCUGAGCAGAUGGGGCAGAUUGUGGAAGGAAUGCAGGUGCUGGAGUGGAACGGGGUUCCUCUGACGGGGAAGACCUACGAGGACGUGCAGAGCCUGGUGGGCCAGCAGUGCAGCGGGGCGGAGCUGUGCGUCAGGCUGGACCUGAACAUGGUGUCGGAUUCAGACCACCCCCAGCACCUGGAGCUCCACAGCCAGGCGAAGGCUGAAAGGCAGAGAUCCCCGGGAGUCGACCCCAAGCAGCUGGCCGCCGAGCUGCAGAAGGUCUCCCAGCAACAGGCGCCCUCUGCGGCCGCGUCCGGCGCGGAGAAAGGACCCCACCUCCACUCGGGCACGGCGUCGGCCGCCUCCAGCGCCGUGCCCAGCCCGGGCCAGCCCGGCUCGCCGUCCAUCAGCAAAAAGAGGCACAGCAGCAAGUCUGCGGAAACCGUGAAGCCUCAGGCCCACCCCAUCACCGGGGAGAUCCAGCUUCAAAUCAAUUACGACAAGAACCUCGGCAAUUUGAUCGUCCACGUCCUGCAGGCGAGGAACCUCGCCCCCAGGGACAACAACGGCUACUCGGACCCGUUCGUGAAGGUCUACCUGCUGCCGGGGAGAGGCCAAGUCAUGGUUGUCCAGAACGCAAGCGCCGAGAACAAAAGGAGAACGAAGCACAUGCAGAAAAGCGUGAACCCGGAAUGGAACCAGACGGUCAUCUAUAAAAACAUCCACCUGGAACAGCUGAAGAAGAAGACCCUGGAAGUGACCGUGUGGGACUACGACCGAUUCUCGUCCAACGACUUCCUGGGAGAGGUGCUGAUCGACCUGUCCAACACGACUCAGCUGGACAACACCCCGCGCUGGCUCCCCCUGAGGGAGCAGAACGAGGGCGCGGACCACGGGACGUCCCGCUCGGGGCCGGGCGGCCAGCAGUCCCCCAAGCCCUCCGUCAUCAAGAGCCGGAGCCACGGCAUCUUCCCCGACCCGUCCAAGGACAUGCAGGUGCCCACUAUUGAGAAAUCUCACAGUAGCCCCGGCAGUUCCAAGCCGUCCUCGGAGGGGCAGGCGCGCUCUCACGGACCGCCCCGCUGUCAGGGCGUCGGCCCGGAGGACGCGGGCGUCGCCAUAGCGACCGCCGAAGCAGCCGCCCAGCAGCAGCAGCAGCACCGCCUCCAACCAAUAAGAGGAGUCCAUGCGAGGAUACACAUUCUGGUUUCCAUUUCACCCCACCCCCCCCCCCGACCCCCCGACCCCCCCCCCCACGCGCGGGCGGCAGUUCGUAAAAAGAGGCGGCACAGACACAGCCUAGACGGGGUGCCGGCAAUUCAAAGGACUCAGUCUGACUAUCUGCCCGCGCCGGCCAAUGAGAGCAAAGACACGAGUCACCUGACCAUCAGGAAAGCGAUGUCUGACGGAACUCCGGGCGCGGAAGGAGCCAGGCCCGGUCACCGAGCGACCGACGACUCCAUGACGACGGCCUCCUCCGUCAACAGCCUGGGUGGCAACGACUGCAGUCUGGAGGGGGAGGGCGGAGCCAAUGCCGUCGACAGCGCCAUCUUCCAGGUCCCUCGCAUCGGGAAGCCUCUCCCAAAUGGCUCGGACAAGACCAGGGGGCCGGACGCCCUGAAGCCCCCUGUAGGGAUUGGAGACGCGGAGGGUAAAACGCAGAUGAUGGGGGAGAUCAAAAUUGCCCUGAAGAAGGAGCUGAAGACAGAGGGGGAGCAGCUCAUCGUGGAGAUCCUCCAGUGCAGGAACAUCACCUACAAAUUCAAGACCCCCGACCACCUCCCAGACCUGUACGUGAAGCUCUACGUGGUCAACGUGGCGACGCAGAAGCGAGUGAUCAAGAAGAAGACGCGGGUGUGCCGGCACGACCGGGAGCCGUCCUUCAACGAGACGUUCCGCUUCGCCAUGAACCCCGCGGGGCACUCCAUCCAGCUCUUCCUGGUGUCGAACGGGGGGAAGUUCGUGAAGAAGACGCUGAUCGGCGAGGCGUACAUCUGGCUGGACAAGGUGGACCUGCGGAAGCGGGCGGUGAGCUGGCACAAGCUGCUGGCCAGCUCCCUGCAGACCCACCCCUAGGAGACUGGCUGGCGGAGAGGUCGCGGAAAGGUCAAGGGGCGGGGCCCCGCAGGCCAGGCCGGGGUCUCGAAGGAAGGGAGGCGGGAAUGUCCAGGGACGCGCCCUUUUUUGCGGGGAGCGAGUGGGCGGAGCUUAUGAGCCGAGGACACGCCCCCACCCCCCCCACCGUCAUUUUCCCAGCCGAAAACCCAGGCGGGAGGAGGAGCCUGCCGUGAGACGGACAGGCGCUCGCGGGGGUGGGGGGGGGGGGAGGAGGGGCCAAGGAACGAGGCGGCGGGACGCCGGACCGGCCAUCUUCCCUCGACGGGGGGCCGGCACGCGCCGAACCCCACGCCGCAGCCAAACCUGACGUCGCGAUGUCACAACCCCAGCCCCGCCCCCCACCCGGCCCCAUCGUCACGCCGCCUCAGCAGGAGGGAACGAGCCACAGAAACGUGCCGGUUUAUUCCGUUCUUACAUUCAUUCGCAGAACCCAUUUUCCUGCCGUUCGCAUUGCAGUAUUCCACCAACCGGAGACACAGUUCAUUCCCGGUAGACAGCUUUUUAAAAUUAUUAUUCAUGAGUCUGUCUUGAUCAUGAUUUGAGUCGAUCUACAAAGCUGCAGUCCAUAUUUUUAUUUUUGUAUUUCGUUUUUUUUCACCUGAAUACUGGAACAAAGGUUCAACAAAGAAUUGUGGUCAGGGAACAGAGAAUCUAUUAUACUUUUCACCAUAGAAUAAUACCAUAGAUACAUAUUUUUCUUCUUAAAAAGUACGCUUGUGACUGAAGGCAAGGCCGUAAAAAUGGAAAAUCCUCUUUUUGCUGCUAGACCCCUGUGUCUUAACUCACACGUGUAUAUUCACAUAUAGAUAUAUGAGAAAUACAAGUCGGAAAAAUGUACAAAGUAUGCAUUCAAAAGAUACCUGAAAGAAACUAUAAAGGUCAGUGUGCAUGGAUAUAGUUAUGGUGUAAAAUCACACUCAUGCACAGAAAUGAAAUUAGUUUAUUCAUGUAAUAAAUAAGAUUUAUUUUGUACAUAUUGGAGUAUUUUGUGCGAAAAAAUACACAUAUAUAUCCUGUCACAGACAAUCCUGUUGGUUGAUUAUGGUGUAAGGUGUUAUAAAUAUGUAACAUUGAGCACAAGUGAAAGAUAAACGAUUAAAUAAAUAUGUCCUCAGAACGGAAUUCAGAGAGAACAACUACUGUAUAAAAUUUAGGCGCCAUAUAUUUUUGAUUUCAUAUCAUGGAAAAAUAUCCCUUUGAUGCAUAUUUGAUGAGUUGUACUUUCCAAAGUAUGGUUUACACUAUGUGAUGUCACAGAAUGUGACUUCCUGUUCAGAGAGUCCAGCACGGCCAUGAUUUUAGUUCUGUUCAAAUGUCCUGGAAGCCUUUUUAUGGGUUUGAAGUCUACAGUCGUAUGAUUUUUGUCUUUUACACAUUUGGUCAGAUGCUUAGAAACUGCCUGUGUCUUACCGGGGAAGUUGUUGGUAGAAACUUCAGCCUCGGCUAAUUACCAGCCAUUGGUGAGCAGCUGAAGGUAAAUUGUAAGCAGUUGGUACCAUCAAAUCACAGUUCAUGAUUGGACAUGUGUCGUCAGCAGUCAGCAAAUGGGAUGAUCCUUUUUGUAUCAUGCGACCGCUACACCCCCCCCCCCCCCCCCCAAAUACCCAUCUAAGUUGUGAGAACACCAUUGUUUAAUGUUAUAUGUGCAAAAUGUCGUCAGACGUACUGUUAGGCUACCAAUUUUGUGUCUCAGCAGAACUUGUAGUGAUAUAAACGUCGGAGUGUCGUGAUGCUGAAUUUCUGGUCUGACUGUGUGGAGUCAUGGUUCUCGCUGUCGUCCGCGGUGUCGUGUGUUGUUCUUUUGCUGGUCCCACGUGCGCGUCUGUCCACGUGCGUUUGAACUCAGUGUUCUUUAUUCAGACGGAGUCCUGGAUUGAGUCCGGCCCCCCACGCCUUCGUCGAGCUCCCCGGAAAAAAAAAAUUAACCGGCUACACGCGGUAGUCAUGGAUACAGCCUUUUACCGCAAGACUAGCUUUAUCGUGCUGAUGCAUAAGUGUGUUUGUAUCGGUCUCGUUUCCCUGUUUGUUUGUGUUUCUCGAUCGGUGUAAAAUACAAGAAACCGAACAGUGCAAUUCUGGUACAAAGUGACAAGUGGCUGCUGCUCGUCUCCCGUCAGACUGUCUCUCGAGGUUUUUACACUGGCAGCCGGAGAAGUUUAAUCGUGCGGCGAUAUCACCGGCACUACAUGCAAUGCGGAUACACGACCGAGUAAAUGUGUCAACUUUGCUCAUAGUGUUAAAUAUUUGAGGGUUGGUUUAUAAAAGAUAUAUAUGAUUUUCACAUGUGCCAACCUAAUAUUCUAACCAAAUCCAUAGGUUCUGUUGACAUGAUUCUAUGCAACGUAGACUAUGUGCUUUGAAUGCAUUUUCUUAACAUAUAAAAUAUAAGCAAACAUUUUGUCUGAAAACAGAAUAUCUUAUGAGAAAAUUACUUUGUAAAUUAUGAAAAAAAGAAAAAUUGAUAUUUUUUGCUUUUUUUAUCUUCUACUAGUUUUGAUUCAUGAUGUAUGUGGAGUUGUGCACUUUAAAAGAGUUUUGUUUUUUGUCUUGUUUGUUAAACGUUGCUCAUUCGAAGUUGUACUUGCACAAAAAAACAUUUUAUUUUAUCAACACUUCAAGGGAAGAGUUUGAAUGGUAAAAGGGCAUUUUUGGUCAGCAGCACAAAGUCUGUGUUUACAGUGUUUGGAGAAAAUAUGCAUUCGGAAUUGCUGCGUAUUUCUGCAUUAGCGUACGGCAGUUCAAGGAUAUUCAGCAGUAGCUUAACAUCCAGUGGAGGUGCAGUCCCGUGUCCCUCAUAAUUUUGAAGACUUGGAUAUACAUAUGCACGGUAAAAUGCUUAGUGUCAACUUGCACAGAGAGGGAUCAAGUGUAUUCUAUCAGAACACAAUUUAAGUUUUACUGUGUGGUAAAAUCUUCAUCAAAUUUUAUUUUAGUACUCCCAGUUUGAAAUUAUUUUAUUUUUUUCAGUACAUGUAUUUAAAAUAGGGGGGAAAAAAGGUUUUUAUGUGAAUAUGAUAACGCAAUGUUACGUUUGAGAUGCAUAUAAUUUGAACCACGUCCGUUUUUAAUACGAGCUCUCCUGUUCGAAUGCUGCCUUCUUUAGUCCCCAAGCGAGUAAAACACCUUCGGUUUCUUUAUUACUCUCAUGUUUGCUGAUGGCCUGGAAGAGAAGGGGUAUUACGGUUAAUUUCAAUCGAGCGAAUGUGGUUUCUUUCUUCGUAUGCCGUGUAAAUACAAAAAAAAAAAAAAAAAAGCGUUUUUUUUCUAUGAGAAGAGACUUUUUGGUUGGCAUUGCGCAUGUGACUGUGAAGAGAGAAAAAAAAAAAGUCUAUCUGUGUGGUGAUCCAGUGAUGUAAUCAGGUGAACAUUUAAUUGGCUCAAUAAAUCGUGUGCUGUCCACCCAUCCCAAUCCGUACAGCAGACCCUAAAAUCUCACGGGAUGACAGACGGGGGCAAAAAUUGAAUCGGCAUCAGUGACUGCUGGAGGAUUUAAAUGUUUUCACAUUGGAUGUCGCAUGUGUCCUUGGUGGUUUGUUAAUAUUUUUGCUUCCAGGUUAUAUAAAAAAAUAAAAUAAAAUAAAAACAAAGAGGAAAAUUGUACACAUUUGUUUAAAACGGUAUGCUGACUGUACAAAGAUAUGCUUGUAAAAUCUGUCUGGGUUUUCACUCCAUGUAAAAAUGAAAGAAUCUAAUGUCAUGGUUUUGUGGUUGUACACAGGAUGUAUUGAGAUAUUAUGCAAAUUGUGCUGUAAAAAUGCUGUUUCUCUGAGUAAAUAAUAAAUAUAAAAAAGUUCUAAUCCAAAAA